AUGCUGUCCUCGAUCCAGAUCCUUGCCAUCCUGGCCGCCUGCGCCAACGCCCACAUUGUCAUCACCACCCCUCAGCCUUUCGAGGGUUCCAUCAACUCGCCCAUCGGCGCGGACAAUGCCUUCCCCUGCCAGGGCAAGACCAGUGGUCCUCUCAACACCAUGGAGCUGGGCUCGACUCAAGACCUCGCCUUCAUGGGCUCCACCGUCCACGCCGGCGGCUCCUGCCAGAUCUCCCUGACCUACGACUCCCCCCCUACCGCCAGCUCCGCCUGGAAGGUCAUCACCUCCUUCGAGGGUGGCUGCCCCGCCCGCGGCCAGACCGGCAACCUCACCCCUGAGAGCGCCACCCUCCCGGUGCCCGACAAGUUCAACUACACCGUCCCGGCCGACAUCCCCUCCGGCAAGGCCACCCUCGCCUGGACCUGGCUGAACAAGUCUGGCGGUGUCCGCGAGUUCUACAUGAACUGCGCCGAUGUCGAGCUCACCGGCACCGGCGGCGAUGCUUCCGCCUUCGAGUCCCUCCCUGACAUGGCCGUCGCCAACGUCCCCGCGGUGAACAGCUGCAGCAGCACCGAGAACACCGACGUCACCUACGAGAACCCCGGCGACGCCGUCUUCCGUGAGCAGUCCGACGCCUUCGCUCCCCUCGUCGGCUCCAACUGUGUCGCCGGUGGCUCCUCCGGCACUGCUCCCGCCGCGGGUGGCGCCGCCUCCAGCGCCGCUGCUGCUCCCGCCGUCCGCCGGGGCUCCAACGGCAGGGUCGCCCGCACCUUUUAA